CAAAAAGCCUCAGCAUGUCCGCCACAACGAAGAAGACUGUUUUGUACUGCGGAGUUUGUGGAAUGCCGCCAGAGUACUGUGAGUUCUCUGCCGCCAAGAAGAAGUGCCAGGAGUGGCUCUCCAGCAAGUACCCCGAGGAGCACGAGCGCCUGUAUGGUGAUGCCGCCAUCACCGAGAAGCUGGCACAAACCAACCUCAGCGAGGAUAAGGCGGCCAAGGAGGCCGCCCGCAUGGAGAAGGCUAUGAGCAAGGAGGAGGCACGUAUGGCGCGCGAGCUCGAAAAGAAGAUGUCCUCGCGGGUCGUCAUCAAGCGCGUUGAGCGCAACAAGCGCAAGUGCGUGACCAGCGUCCAGGGCCUCGAGAUUUUCGGCGUCGACCUGAAGAAGACUGCAAAGAACUUUGCCAACCACUUUGCCUGCGGCGGCUCCGUGUCCAAGAACCCGCAGGGCCAAGACGAGAUUGUCGUGCAGGGCGACUUCUCUGACGAGAUCCUGGAGCUUAUUUUGAAGAUGCACCCCGAGGUGCCCAAGGACAACAUCGAGCAGGUCGAGGAGAAGAAGAGCAAGAAGAAGGCACCUGGAGCCGUUGGUGCUUGAAACCAUUUUCAUAUGCUCAUCCUAUCUCUCAUGUUUUUUUGCAGAAAUACAUGGGUGGCAUACAUACACCUG